GUGCACACAUAGGAGGUCCCGUGAAAAAACGGGCCCGCCUAUGGAAAUCAAAUGCCCGUCCAACUGAUUCGUUCUGGCACCGGGUCUGCAUCGAACUUGAUUAUUUUGAUCACUUCCUUGCAUUUGGGGAGGCGGUUGUAACACAUACCAUUUUGGCUCAAUUAGAUCAAGAUGGAGAAUAGCGUACCUUAGUUUCUUCAGUGGGAGGAGCCGGAUGAACACAUGUUUCAAGGGAAAUGACGCAAACGCAUUAAAACAACAAUUUUAGCGCGCGCCAAUGAGCCGCACAAACCAGUUUCCCUCCAGAAAGAGAAGAGACAGCUUGUGUCGCACUUUGUGAAGCGAGAAAAGGACUCCUUUGUAACCAAGUAACUUUAGACUGCAACACUAAAGUUGACGGGAAAACGUCUCAGUAAAGGUUUUCUUAUUUCUACUUGAACCAAACACAGAAUCCACCAUGUUUGAGGCUCGCUUGGUACAGGGAUCCAUCCUGAAGAAAGUUUUGGAGGCUCUGAAGGACCUGAUCACGGAGGCCUGUUGGGACGUGAGCUCGUCGGGUAUCUCCCUCCAGAGUAUGGAUUCGUCCCACGUCUCCCUAGUCCAGCUCACCCUCCGCAGCGACGGGUUCGACUCUUACCGCUGCGACCGCAAUCUCGCCAUGGGAGUCAAUCUUAGCAGGUAAACAGAACUAAUUGAAUAUGACAGCAUAGUUGUGAAGUUUAGCCAGAGAACAAUAACUUGGCGUUAGUUUAGAAGGAAUAUAGUUUGUGAUAUUUUAUGAUUUUGUCUAAUUGGCUGAAUUUACAGCCAGUUAGCAAGGUAACUAGCGUUAGUUAGUCUGGCUUCUUGAGUUGGCGUCUUGAAGUUGUACUCUGCUGUCAUACAACUUUUUACUGUAAGGAGGACAUUUUAGACGUUACAUUUUUGUUACGGGUAAAUCGGCAUUUUGUCGUUAUACUACAAUAUGUAUGGUGCAAAGCCGCCUUUUGAAAAUUACGUGUGACGUAAUUUGAGCGCCAAAUCCACUGCCUUCUCUGGGUGAUGGUUGGCGGGAAUUUCUCGAACUCGCGAAGGUCAGCUGACGUCAGUCACUAUUGUGCUGAAAUUGUCUACUUGCUAAAUGGAUCAAAUGAUCACGCUUACCAACCAUAUAAAAAUACAUUAUACGUUCUCAUAAUGCAUCUGUGUAAUGUAUCCAACUUGUAGUAGAUCUUGACUUCGACAAUGGUGCUUCAUGCAGUGGCAUAAUGACCUACAUUUGAAUGACAAAACUACAUAGCCAAUGAAAAAGCGGAGAUAAAUUAUUCAAAUACACCAUUUAUUGAAAUGGCCUUCCACACAAAUAACAUCGAAUCUACUUUACAGGGCGUCAGAAAUUUAAGAAUAUAUGGUGUUUUUUGAGUGAAAUGAUGGCAUAUCAUCUUUCGGGACAGACCUGAUAAUGGUGACAACUUUUUAUACUGAUCACUCAAAAUAAGGAAUAGUGUUUUAAAACUUGUUCCUGUAACAGUAUGCCAGAUACUGACUGGCCUACCACCCACUUCCUCCUAGUAUGUCAAAGAUCCUGAAGUGUGCUGGGAAUGAGGACAUCAUCACUCUCAGAGCAGAGGACAACGCAGACACACUCGCCCUUGUCUUUGAGACACUCAGUGAGUACCUUUAUCCAUCAAUCCAUAUCAAUAGCUCUACUCUUAGUGUAGGGAUAUUUCAUUUCGAGCUAGAAUUGAUAUGUUCAGAGGUUCAUACCAGUAGUAGUAAAACUUGAACGGUCAGGAACCAUGAUAAUCCAAUGCUAUCAUUUAUGUAUGCUUGAUAAUGUAUUUAGAUGUUUAAUUAGAGAUGAGUGUUAAUCUGUCUCUCUCGCUCAGACCAGGAAAAGGUGUCCGACUAUGAGAUGAAGCUGAUGGAUCUUGAUGUAGAACAGUUGGGAAUCCCAGUAAGUGUUCUUCUCCCAACAUUCCAUUAAGUAAUAAUAGUCGUAGUGGCAGUAGCAUUUGUCACCGGAUCACACCACCCCAGUAGCCACAUUCUCCCAUGAUUCCCCCCCCAGGAGCAGGAGUACAGCUGUGUGGUGAAGAUGCCAUCAGGGGAGUUUGCCCGUAUCUGCCGUGACCUUUCUCAGAUUGGUGACGCCGUCAUGAUCUCUUGCGCCAAGGAUGGAGUUAAGUUUUCUGCCACGGGAGAGCUGGGCACCGGCAACGUCAAGUUGUCCCAGACCAGCAAUGUGGACAAGGAGGAGGAAGCUGUAAGUAUGGGUGGAGGGUGGUCUGUGUCCCAAAUGAGAACCCAUUACCUAUAUAAUGCACUAUAUUAUUUGGGACCAAUCUCCCAGAGUGAAACGUGGGAGGGAUGGGGCAGGAGAAACUGCACUUGAUGGACUGACAAUUCUGUUUGAAUUGCUCCAUCACCAGUUCCGUUAAGAUGGUUCUCUUGGACAGCAAAGAUUCACUAGUUUUGUUUGGGCUCACUGGAGGAUUUGCGUUUGAAUUCAAUCUCUUAUCUCCCCCUCCUUCCUUACUCUCAGGUGACUGUUGAGAUGAACGAACCAGUCCAGUUGAUCUUCGCACUUAACUACCUAAACUUCUUCACCAAAGCCACACCCCUCUCCAAAACCGUCAUCCUCAGCAUGUCUGCAGACAUCCCCCUCGGUAGGUACCCUGCCCCUAACGAGCCCAAUAAACACACAUCCUAGUACUGUGCGGUUUUGUUUCCUGAUGUCUGACUAAUCAAAUUUUACUAAUCUGAUCUUUGACAGUGGUGGAGUACAAGAUAGCUGACAUGGGCCACGUUAAGUACUACCUGGCACCCAAAAUUGAUGAGGAGGCUUCCUAAACCUCCCUGGUCCAAAGUCCAAUGGAAGAACAGAGGGGGUUGGUUCCUACUUCCUGUGGAUGGGGAGGAGGAACUUCCUGUUGUGAGGAAAAGUAAGGGAUGUCAUGGCUGACUGUUGAUUACCUCUGUAUCAUGGCAUCGCUGUUGGUUUUGGUUUUAUCUGUAUUCUACAUUUCUGCUGGUUGAUAGAUUGUCUAGCUCUUCCAGCGUCCAUGAGGGGGGUUAUGGUAAUAUGGGUCUAAAUACAAGUUGAUGUAUUUGGAUACAUUCAUUGAUAUCAGCAGUUUGAUUAAUGCAGUCUGAAUUGAGAUUGAUACUGGCUGGACAAUGGUAAAAGGGUUCUACUAAAGGAUCCCCCUGUCUUUUCUGUGACCAGGGUUCUUAUUCUAGCUCAGGAGUGUACUGUUCAGUUGUUAACCUGUGACCUAUCCAGCCCUCUGAGGAAGAUCAAGAUUUCUCCACAAUCCCUCUUUCCCUUUCUCACUCUCCCUCUCAUCUGUUUGGAAAACAAAUGCGCAUUUUGAUUUGUAGAUAUGUCUGUAAAUAUAUUUUGUGGUCAUGUUAACCACCCCAAUGUUGUAUUCAUGAACUCAAUUUCCCAAUAAAUAAUUUGAUUCUGA